AUGCGACAACACAAGCUCAGGAUGAAUCCAGCCAAAUGCAUUUUUGGAGUUCAAGCAAGAGAUUUUCUAGGAUUCAUUGUCCAUCAGAGGGGCAUCGAGGUCCCUAAAGACAAAGCAAGCGCGGUCAUCAAUGCCACCGCCCCACGAAUGAAGAAGGACUUGCAGCGUUUGCUAGUGGCUUUCGACAGAAACAAGACCUACCUUGCGAGUCCGCCUGUGCUUGCUCCUCCGAGGGCUGGAUUUCCAUUGAAGUUAUAUAUAUCAGCAGCUGAAGCUUCCAUUGGCAGCCUGCUCGCCCAGGAUGAUGAAGAAGGCAUCGAGCAUGCUAUUUUCUACCUCAGCAGAACACUUAUAGACUGUGAAACCAGAACUGAAACAUUAGCAGGGGCGGGGAUUGUCCUGGAAAACCCAGCGGGCGAUCGUUUCUCUUAUUCUUUCCAACUGGAGUUUAAGUGUACAAACAACCAAGCUGAGUACGAGGCCCUUAUUAUUGGCCUAGAAGUCUUACUGGAACUAGGGGUCCGAAAUGUUCAGGUCCGCGGCGAUUCUUUACUUGUGAUAAAUCAGCUUCAAGAAAAAUACAGAUGUGCGAGCUACUUGCUCGUCCCCUAUUUGAAUCGCGCCAUUGAGUUACUGGAUCAGUUUGAUUACGUUGGUUUGGAGUACAUCCCUCACGAGCGCAACUUCGCAGCGAAUCAGCUCGCUCAGUUGGCUAGAGGCAUUAUAUUGAAAUAUGGAGUUCGCGAACGCAUUCUGAAAGUCAAGCGCCGCACACUGCCUUUGUGGCUCGUAUGGCCUGACCCUCCUAAUGAUCCAAUCGUCGCUGUCCUCAAGCCUAUUGACGUGGAUUGGCGCAUUCUAUUGAUCCAAUACCUCAAACAGCCAGACCAAACAGCUGACAAAAGGACUCGUUUUCUAGCCUUAAAUUACUUCCUCAGGGACGAUGAGCUGCGACGACGCAGGGAGGAUGGCAUAGAUUUUCGCUGCGUGUAUGGACACGAAGCAAAACGACUAAUGCUUGAAGCACAUCCAGGGGUUUGCGGCGCCCAUCAAGCGGGGCCUAAGAUGCGAUGGCUCAUCAGAAGACAUGGGUAUUAUUGGCCUAGCAUCUUGAAGGACUGUAUCGCUUUUGCUAAAGGAUGCCAAGACUGUCAGGCACACGGUCCGGUCCAGCAUGUUCCUAACAUUCCCAUGCAACCUAUCAUUAAGCCUUGGCCUACGCGAGGCUGGGCAUUGGAUUUGAUCGGGAUGAUUUACCCCCAUUCUUCCCUCCAACAUAAGUUCAUCAUUGUGGCUACUGACUUCUUUACCAAGUGGGUUGAAGCUGAACCGUUGAAGGAGGCUUCUGGUGCCACCAUUCGCCAGUUCCUGUUUCGUAACAUUAUCUGCAGGUUUGGUAUCCCCGAGUCUAACGGUCAAGCAGAAGCCAGCAACAAGAUUAUUAUUACCCUGUUAAAGAGGAUGCUGAUCGAAAACCCUCGACAGUGGCACGACACUUUGUAUGAGACACUCUGGGCUUAUCGCACCUCCAAGAGGAAUCCCACUGCUACCACACCCUAUGCACUAAUGUUUGGUCAUGAUGCAGUUUUACCCUUGGAAAUCAACGUUCAUUCCUUACGUGUGCAAGAUCAGCACCACCUGAUAGGUGAAGAUUAUGUCCAGGCGAUGUGGUAG